GGAUAUCGUAUCCGCCCGCCAGCGCAGCGCCGCUUGAGAUGUUCUCCAUUCCGUAGCCGUUCUGGCUCGGUUCGUCCCGCCUCAAGCGCAUGGUUGAAGAUAUCGGCGCGCAUCCUGUGCCGCACAGUGGUCACCAUGCAGUGGCGACGCCCGUGCCGUCGUCCCUGCGCUCCUCCGACAGCUUAAACAGCGACACCAGCCCGCUGUCUGCAUCCAGCCACAUGUGUCCGGCUGAGUUCAGCCCUCUCGCUAUGUCCAGUAAUAUAUACAAAGCCAUCAAGAUGAAGCGGUCGUUGUCGAUCCCAGUGCCGUUAUGCGCACUGCAGUGGCAAGAUAUGAGCGUGACGUAUACCACGCAGUACGGACCAGUGGUCACGCUCCGAGACUGCACCGGCUCUGUGCGAGGCGGCGAGCUGCUGGCGCUCAUGGGCCCCUCUGGCGCUGGCAAGUCGACGCUGCUGGACACGCUGACGAUGCGGAAGACCACUGGCACGGUGGGCGGACAGGUGUUCCUGAACGGCAGGCGCAGGGAACGCUCCAGCUUCUUGCUCGCCUCCUCCUACGUGCCCCAGGAGGACAACUUCGUCCCGACCAGCACGGUGCUGGAGACGAUGGAGUUCUACGCGAGCCUCACGAUGCCGACCUCGACCAGCCCCGCGAUCUGCAGGGGAGCCAUCGAGGAGCGCCUGCAGUCCGUGGGCUUGCAGGAGAAGCGGCUGCAGCGCGUCGGCGGGCGCCUGCCCGGCGGCUUCACGCUGCGGGGCCUCUCGGGGGGCGAGCGCCGGCGUCUGAGCAUCGCAGCAGGCGUGGUUCACUCGCCGGCGCUCAUCUUCCUGGACGAGCCCACGAGCGGGCUGGACGCUUUCUCGGCGCUGUGCGUGAUCGAGAGCCUGCGCGCCAUGGCCAACCAGGGGCACGCCGUGGCGUGCACCAUCCACCAGCCCAGGGCGGCCAUCCUCGGCAUGUUCAACAAGGUCGCCUUUCUGGCUGCUGGCCGCCUGGUCUACCUCGGGGACCCGGGCGGCAUUCGCAGGUGGCUCGACCGUGCAGGCUUGUGGGACCCGGCGCGCGCUGCGUCAGCGUCGCUGACCGACGUCGUUCUGGAUUGCAUCACCACUGGCUUCGACAAGCCCGAGGAGCAGUAUGGCACAUGCACCGUGAGGGAGGAGAGCGAGCUGGACUACCUCGCAAGCCAUCAGCAGAGCACUCUCGAGGAGUUGGUGAACCCCGCCGGGUGGCCGCCGAUCUCCAGCGAUGGCCGCCCAGGCCCCUGGCGGCAGUAUUGCUUACUUCAGCGGCAGCAGCUGAGGCUCGCAGCUCGCAGUCCCGCCACGUUCGCCUCGAGGAUGGGUCUGCACGUGCUGCUGGGGCUCCUGAUCGGCGCUGUGUAUUUUGACCUGGACGAAUCCUUUUUCGACGCGCGAGCUGGCGAGAGGCCUUGGCGGUGGCUGCCGGCUGGGCUGCUGCCUCGGUCAAGUAUGCCGCAAGACCGCGUCGGCGUGCUGUUCUUACUUGCGCUGACUCUGAUGCUCACGCCCAUGUCUGCCAUCUCCGUGUUCAUCGAGGACAGGCAGUUCUUCGGCCGCGAGGCGGGUGCCGGGCUGUACGGCGCCGUGCCGUACCACGCCGCCAAUCUCGUGACGGAGCUGCUCAUCUGCACCCUGAACGCUCUGCUGGAGGUCUCGGUGGCCGCUCAGCUGGUGGGUAUGCCCCUCAGCGGUAACCGCGCCGCGAUGCUCGCGGUGCUGGCGUCGCACCACAUCUGCUCCUCGGCCCUCGCGCAGAUGUGCGGGCGCCUCUCGCCCAACCAGGACGUCGCCAUCGUCCUGACCGCGUGCUACAUCUCAUCACGACGUGCAUCCUCUUCGCCAACGUCCUGGUGAAGGUGCCCGAGGCCGUGCCCCCCUGCGUGGCCUGGGUGCGCUGGGGCUGCGUGCUCUACUACACGAUGUCCGCGCUGGUGGAGGUCGAGUUCUCGGGCGUCUCGGAGCUCGGGCUCCCCGCGGGCGAGCUCGCCGCGGCGCCCUUCCGCAUCCGCCCCGCCCGGGGCGGGGCGAGCGCGGCGCCCGGGGGCCUCGGCUGGCGGGCGUGCCUCGCGGCCACCGGGGGCUUCUACCUGCUGUUCGCGGCGGUGAGCCUGGCGGCGCUGAAGUUUCUGCACAAGCCGGGGGCGUGAGCCGCGCGCGAGGCUUGGGCGGCGGCGGGCCCGGGAGCACCUCUAAUGGCGGCCCUCGGCGCUCCCCUUUUUCAGCAGCGGCCCCGGCCGGCGUGGUCGCGCGUGGAGCGGUUCCCCCCGGCUUCCACGAGGAUGCCCCGCGAGGAAAACCGCGCGGGUGCCCUGGACGGGGGAAGCUGGGUUCCUUUGCACCGGGCCCGAAUUCUGAGGGCGGCGGGCUCCCGGACCAGGACUCCCACCAGGAGCAGGCGCAGGCCCAGGCGCUCCACCGACGCCGCGACGCCGGCGUCCGAUUGGGUCCUCAGACUACCACGGUUGGCCGCUCAAGCCCUCUCUAGCACUCGGCUUCACUCGGCAUGGUGUGCGUCACUUGCACUGUCUCGGGCUACUGGCUCUGACGUGGCUGCCUGGCUCCUUUGUCAGUCGUUUGCGGGAGUCGUCUUGCACGGUGGCGGG